UGCUCUGCUCAAAAAGGGAUGUCUUCAGAUGGGCAAAAUCUUUGUGGGUGAUCCUUGACCCCAGUACCUUUCAGCCAUGUUCAACGGGCAGCUGUUGUUUGAUAGACCGAUGCAUGUCAAGAUGGACGAACGAGCCUUGCCAAAAGCAGACUUCUUCCCUCCGGAGCGGCCCCAGCAGCUUCCUCAUGGCCUUGGGGGCAUUGGCAUGGGGCUGGGGCCAGGAGGGCUCCCGAUUGACGCCAACCACUUAAAUAAGGGACUCGGCAUGGGCAACAUCGGGCCUGGAGGGAUGGGCAUCGAAGGCUUGGGCUUUGGAAUGAACAAAAUGGGAGGGAUGGAAGGCCCUUUCAGUGGAAUGGACAGCUUGGGCCGUUUCCCUUCCGGAAUGAACAUUGGCAGGAUGAACGAGAUGGAUCGUGCAAUUGGAGGUAGCUUUGAAAGGGACUUCCCCAGAAAUGACAUGGGAAUGCCUCGUAGCUUUGGAGACACUCUGGAUAGAGGAAUAGGUGGCGGAGGCGGAGCCAGUAUCCCUACGAUUGAUAGGAUGGCCCCUGGGAUUGAUCGCAUGGCCACAGGGAUGGAUAGGCUGCCCUCUGGGAUGGGACAUGGGAUGGAGAGAGUGGGCUCCGAGAUGGACAGGAUGGGGCUAGUGCUGGACCGCAUGGGUACCAGUGUAGAUAGGAUGGGGUCUGGCAUUGACCGAAUGGCACCUCUUGGUAUCGACCACCUGGCGACCAGCAUAGACAGGAUGGGCUCUGGGAUAGACCGGAUGGGCUCAGGGAUGGAAAGGAUGGGUACGGGCCUUGGCUUUGGUCUCGACCGGAUGGGGACUACCAUGGACCGUGUUGGUACCACCAUGGACCGGAUGGGCACUGGCGUAGACCGGAUGGGGACCGGCAUGGAUAGAAUGGGCCUGGGCAUGGAUCGUAUGGUACCUGCCGGAAUGGGCCCCGUGUUGGAUAGGAUGCCAGCAGGCUUAGACCGCAUUGGGGCCGCCCCUAUUGAUAGGAUGGGGUUGGACCGCAUAGCAGCCAGCAAUAUGGACAGAAUGGGGCUGGACCGCAUGGGGGCAGCUGCCACGACCAUGGAGAGGAUGGGUCCAGCCAUGGGGCAGGGUAUGGGGGCAGGCCUAGACAGGAUGGGGCUGGCCAUGGGGAACACCUUCGAGAGGACGAUGGAUAUGGACCGGGGGAACUUCGCUGCCGGAAGCUUCACUGGAGCCCUUGGAACCGGAGGGCCUGCCGCCGCCGCCGCGGCUCCCGGCAUGGCCAGGAAAGCUUGCCAGAUUUUUGUGAGAAAUCUUCCUUUUGACUUCACAUGGAAAAUGCUGAAAGACAAGUUCAAUGAAUGUGGUCACGUCCUGUAUGCAGACAUCAAGAUGGAGAGUGGGAAGUCAAAAGGGUGCGGCGUUGUUCGGUUCGAAUCCCCCGAGGUUGCUGAGAGAGCCUGCCGCAUGAUGAACGGCAUCCAGCUCCGUGGCAGAGAGAUUGAUGUCCGGAUUGACAGGAAUGCUUAAGUUGACUUUUUUAAAACACAGCGAAAGCAUUGGGUUUGUACUUGUCUUAAAAUGUUUUUUUUUAAAUUUGCUUGGAUGUAAAGAUGGUUGAGACUGCUCAGUUUCUUUCUGGAGUAAUUUUAAUUCUUUUUUUAAAAAGGUGUUUGCAUUGACGCUGUUUAACAUGCAUCAUAACCCUGUGUGCUUUUUCGUUGUGGUGUCAUCUUAUUGAAUUUAACAGAUGUCAUCAUUGAAUUUAAAGAUGUAUACAGUAUGUCUGACGAUAAAUUCCAAUUUCUGGUGGCUUUUUCCCUGGUUUUUUUUUUAACCCCUUGUUAAUGGAAAAAUGGGGGGAGACUUCUCAAGAAUGCCAGCAGCUGUGUUCUCCUGCGGACGGCGGAUCCUCUGGAAAUUGAAUGUCUGAACUUAAGUGUGUUGAUAAUGUAUGAUUAGUAUCUGAGUUGGCCUGAAACCAUCUGUCUUGUAUGAGCUUUGUCACUAUUAAAACCAUUUCCUUGUGGCUUGUA